CUACAGCGGUCCCCCAUAGAAAUGUGUCAAUAGUUGUCAGGAAUAGUGCAGUGUAAACGUGUACAAAAAUGCAUCGUAAAAGUGUAUCCAUUGCCGUUUUAGUGACUCUAAGUUUAGUGAUUGUUACACAAGCAGCCAUCGAUGGAUCUGAUCCUAAUGCAAUAAUUGAUGCUGUGCAAAAAGUGCCAAAUAAUACGGAGAGAGUUGGGAGAACUCUGCAUAAGGAAUGCAACAGUUUGCUGAACUCAAAAUGCUUGAAGAUCCAUGUGCUGUCCUUUUUGGAAGACUUAAGCUCUCGCGAUGAGCUGAACCUCCUACCAGGAUUGAGCAUAGUGAAGGAGAAUCAGACAGGCAAUACUCCGAGUCCUGAGGAGAUGGCUGCAGAGUUAUCUCGGCAGUACCCUGGGAAACCUGAGGAGAAACUGAACAGGUUCUUGCUGUACCGUCUUCAGGAUUAUUUGGAUGGGCAUUCGUUGAGAUACCGGCUGUUGGAUCCUCAGACUUCGAAGGAGGCUAUGGAUAUGGCGAAGGGUGAUAAGGAGUCUGUGGGGAGAAAGUCUGGUGGUGGUGGUGGGCUGGGAGGAGGAAAAGGCGGCGGCGGCGGUGCUCUCUUAGCUGCUGCUUUGAUGAUGAAGGGAACUUUAGCAGCUGCAGCCCUUGGAGCAUUAGCACUUCUAGCUGGCAAAGCCUUGAUGACAGCUCUCAUGUCUCUUCUCCUAUCUGCCCUCGUAGGACUCAAGGGUCAUGGUGAACACAAGUCUACCACGUACGAGAUCAUCACCAAGCCUGAGGUUUCUCAUCACCACUCCCACAGCCAUGAGGAACAUCAUGAGCAUGAACAUGGUCACCAUGGGGGUUAUAGGAGGGCUUAUGACAUGAAUUAUAAUAGUUAUAUGCCUUAUGAUACUACUUCCAGUUAAUUUUGUUUCCUUGUGAAGUAGUAUUUGGUGUUUGUGUUAUGAGUUGUUCAGUAUUUGAUUGAUCUUGUGGGUUUAUAAUAUUAGUUGCUUCUUCAAUAUCUCUAUUGAUGCUAAUUAUAAAUUAAAAACUAUGUUUUUGGGGGACCGACUGUGGAAGUAAAGCUCAAAAAAUUACUUCGUAAUUUGAUAGAACUGUAAAAACAAACACUAGAUAUUAUUGACAAAAGAUUUAUUGAAAAUUUAUUAAUGUUAUUUGUAAAAUAAUUUAUUCGAAAAUGCUGAAGUAACUUAGCUGUAAGUUUAUUUAUUUGCUUAGUUUUAAUGGUCGUUGUUUUCUAUUUAUUUAUUUAUUGCAGUUUCAUAGUAGGCGUGUUAAAGUUUUUCAUUACCUCUAUUAUUUUAUUAUUUAU